AUGGGGCCCACGGGGCACCUGGUCACCAUCAAGAGGAGCGGGGUGGACGGAGCCCACUUCCCGCUGAGCCUCAGCACCUGCUGGUUUGGGCGGGGCAUCGAAUGUGAUAUCCGCAUCCAGCUGCCCGUGGUGUCGAAACAGCACUGCAAGAUCGAGGUCAGCCAGCAGAAGGCCACGCUGAUCAACUUCAGCUCCUCAAACCCCACGCUGCUCAAUGGGGUGGCUAUUGAGCACCCUGUCCUUUUGCAACAUGGGGACAUGAUCACCAUUGUGGACCGCUCUUUCAGGUAUGAAGACGCCAGUCACCAGGAUGGGAGCAGCUCGACUACGCGCGAAGGACGUAGCUGCCCAGAGGAGUCCCUGCGCCGACUGUCAGCAUCUAGAUCCAGCUUGGGCCUUGAUGGGACAGUUCCAGAGCCCAAAGGCCGCCCUGGGGGCCCUGAAGAGAAGGUUCUGGAACAUGAGACGAGCUCCAGAGGUGCUGCCCGCAGGAGCCUGGAACGUGGCACUGGCAGAAGAACAACAGACGGGAUUCAGGCCUUGGAGCCGGGCAGGGCCCCAGCAGCUGGGACAUGGCCCAGGACCCUGCGCCCCGAGAAGGGCCGCACCAGCCUAUCUCCUUCCCAGCAGCUCUACAAGUCCAUGAAGGAGGAUCUGGAUGCCAGAGCAGAGAAGGAAAAUGUCCCCCAGGGGCCCCAGCAGAAGUCGGGCACCCAGAAGCUUCAGGGCAAACCCCCUACCCCAGUCUCUGGAGGAUCCCGGCGGAAAUCUUCCAUGGGGGGUGUCCACCUGCAGGCAACACCCCUGCCCGGGGAGCAGACCCUAACCCCAAAGGAGCAGCAGAGCCCCCGUGGGCACCCCAUCAGUUACAGCUGUUCACGGCCAGGCACCCCCAAUGCUAAACAUCCUGGACAGCCAGCAGCAUCACCCCAGACUGCCUCCCGGAAGCGGCAGCGGCACAGCGAAGACCUGGGCAGCGAUGGAGGACGGGGAUCUCCGGGGAGAGGCCAGACCCCCACAAAGACCCAGCAUGCCUGUCCCAGAGACACACCUGAAAAGCCACUUUCCAAGAAGCGACGAAGGCUGAGUGCCACCGACAUCCUGGCUCCAGACACAGCAACACAGAAUCCCUCAGUCCUGGCCCCUCUUUUCAUGCAGGGCUUUGGAGAUACCCCGCAAGCCCCCUGCACCUUGCCCGAGAAAGCAGCUGUGGCAGCAGGACAGGGUUCCCCUGGCUUGGGCUCCGUGGGUGUGAGUAGCUGCAAUCAUCUAGCCAAGUGGACAGUGGAGGAACCAGGCAAGCGCCGGCGGGUGUCAUUUGGGGGUCGUCUUAGACCGGAGCUGUUUGAUGAGAACUUGCCCCCCAACACACCUCUGAAACGAGGAGAAACUCCGAAGCGGAGACAGUCGGCCACGCCUGCUGUGUUGAAGAAGAUCAUCAAGGGACAACCUCAAACUUUCCCCGGGCCCGAAGCUGCGUCUUCGGAUGUGUUGGCCACGCCUCCCACUGCCAGUUCCGGGCAAUCUUCUCCAUCUGCCCUGCGCUCCAGUCGCCGCUCGACCACUGGCACUCCCCGGCAGAGUGCGGGCAACACGCCUGGGAGGACAUCGAGGCGCAGAUCGUCCACAGGGCGCGGCCAGCAGAACCUCCUUCAUCUGAUUUACUCCAAGAGGAGAAGCGGGGCGUCAGGGGCCAACCUGAUGGUGGCCAAGUCGUGGGCGGACGUGGUGAAACUGGGUGCCAAGCCCACACAAGCCAGAGUGGCCAGGCGCACUGCCCCCACACAGCCGCAGAGAAAACGGAAAAGGAUCCAGAACACACCCAAGAAGCCAGUUGAAGCCCCCCAUCCCUUCAGCACGGGCCACGCCAACUCACCCUGCACCAUCACUGUGGGCCGGGCCCAGCUGCAGAAGCUGAGGGUGCCCGCCCGGCCUCACCGGAUAUUUGACCACCUGGUGCUCGGCCACAAGGCUGGUUUGCCUGAAGACCUUUCAGGGCUGGCUGAGAUGUUCCAGACUCCGGGAAAACCAGGGCCUCGGAGGAAGAGUGUAGGCCCCACCCGUCUAUCAGAAUCCAAGGUGCUGCUGGCAGGAAAGCUUUCUUCUCCCUGUUCUAAGGAAGUCCCAUUGCCUGUUGCUGAGGACACAGCAGUGGAUGCCACCUCUCAGGCCUGUGGUGCAGAGUCUGCCAGCCCUAAACCCCUGCUCCGGCGUGGAACUGCGGAGCUCACAGAUGGUACAAGGAAGACCCCACCAGGCCGCAGGUCCCAGCAGCUCCAGGAAGAACUGUGCUCAAUGGCAGAGGAUCAGGAGCUCACGACAGCCACUGCCCUGUUGGUCAGAGCCCCAGGACCACAGACAAGCCUGACCCCAGGGUAUGGGGAUGCUGAGCAGGGCCCAAUCCUGCAUUUAGAGCCUGAGGGCAUAGCACGCAGACGCUCCCGAAGAACAGAGACACGUGAACCCAGAGAUGACACCACCACCCUGGUGUCCCCACAGGAGGAGGUCAGGGGACUCAAACCCCUGUGCAUGGGGCCUACAAAGGGAACAGAGAGUACUGAGCACCAGGCCUGUGGGGCCUAUUGCCCGUCACCCAACACAGAGCCCAGGGACACCCCGACAUACAUCAACAGGAAAUCCAAGACCUCAUCCCAGGCCAUAAGGGAGCCCCCUGCAUCCAGAAGAAGCCCCCAUACUUCAGCAAAGACCACCCCGACAUGCAAAGGACCAAUUAGUGAUGUGGAAAAGGCCAGAUUUCUUCUGGAGACACCAAAGCAGGAUGUGGACACCAAAGACAGUCACCGAGGGAGCAGGAGGCGGUCGAGGACCCCCAAGAGAAACACCCUGAAUGACCUGACGGGCUUCAAAGAGCUUUUCCAGACCCCAGAGCAAAUCAAGGAACAGGGGACCGAGAGCCAGACUACACUUCUCUGCCUGUCUCCCAAAUCAGAAAUAGGGGACACCCCACUAAACACCAACAGGAAAUCCAAGACUCCUUCCCGGACAGUUGGGGAAUCCCCUACACCCAGAAGAACCUCCCAUACACCGGCAAGGGCCACCCCCACAUGCAAAGGACCAACUAGUGACGUAGGAAAGGUUGGAUUUCUGCAGGAGACGCCAAAGCAGGACAUGGAUUCUGAAGACAGUGCCCAAGGGAAUAGGAGGCGCCCAAAGACCCCAAGGAGAAACUCCCUGGGAGAUCUGACAGGCUUCAAAGAGCUUUUCCAGACUCCAGAGCUAGCCAAGGGAAGUGAGACUCAGAGCCAGGCCACAGCUCCUUGCCUGUCUCCCAAAUCAGAAAAAGAGGACACCCCGACAAAUAUCAAAAGGAAAUCCAAGACUCCAUCCCAGGAUGUAGGGGAGUCACCUACAACCAAAAAAACUCCUCUUAUUCCACGAAGGAGAACCCCGACAUGCAAAGGACCAACUAGUGACGUAGGAAAGGUUGGAUUUCUGCAGGAGACACCAAAGCAGGACAUGGAUUCUGAAGACAGUGCCCAAGGAAAUAGGAGGCGCGCAAAGACCCCAAGGAGAAACUCCCUGGGAGACCUGACAGGCUUCAAAGAGCUUUUCCAGACUCCAGAGCUAGCUAAGGGAAGUGAGACUCAGAGCCAGGCCACAGCUCCUUGCCCGUCUCCCAAAUCAGAAAAAGAGGACACCCCGACAAAUAUCAAAAGGAAAUCCAAGACUCCAUCCCAGGAUGUAGGGGAGUCACCUACAACCAAAAAAACUCCUCUUAUUCCACGAAGGAGAACCCCGACAUGCAAAGGACCAACUAGUGACAUAGGAAAGGUUGGAUUUCUGCAGGAGACACCAAAGCAGGACAUGGAUUCUGAAGACAGUGCCCAAGGAAAUAGGAGGCGCGCAAAGACCCCAAGGAGAAACUCCCUGGGAGACCUGACAGGCUUCAAAGAGCUUUUCCAGACUCCAGAGCUAGCUAAGGGAAGUGAGACUCAGAGCCAGGCCAUAGCUCCUUGCCCGUCUCCCAAAUCAGAAAAAGAGGACACCCCGACAAAUAACAAAAGGAAAUCCAAGACUCCAUCCCAGGAUGUAGGGGAGUCACCUACAGCCAAAAAGACUCCUCAUAUUUCACGUAGGAGCACCCCCACAUGCAAAGGACCAACUAGUGGCACAGGAAAGGCCAACUCACUGCAGGAAACUCCAAAGCAGGCACCAGGCCCAGCUGAAGGUGGAUCUGUGAAGGGCCCACGGACCCCCAAAGUCAAGAUGCAGAUCCCCAAGGACAUGACUGGCUUCCAGGAGCUUUUCUGGACCCCAGAGCCAACCCAGGGACCAAAACCCGAGGCUAAGCCUUGCUCAGCACCCAAAGUGGAGUUGACCGGCACCUCCAGCACCAAGAGAGGAUCCAAGACCCCUUCCUGGGCCAUGUGGGAGACCUCUGUACCAAGAAAAACCUCUCUCACUUCAGGGAGAGUCACCCCCACACAAGGAGAGCCAGUAGUUCAGGACAGAGGGGUCACAGCACCACAGGAGGUUACAGAGCAGGAUAUUCGAGGGAGCAGGAGGCGGCCAGGGACCCCCAAAGUCAGGGCAAAGUCCUUGGGAAAUCUGAUGGACUUGAAAGAACUUUUCCAAACUCCAGAGCAAGCCAAGGGACAGAGGGUUGAGAGCCCUGCCACAGCUCCCUGCUCUUCUCUCAAAGCAGAGCCCGGGGAUGCCCUAAGGAACACCAGCAGGAAAUCUAAGACCCCCCUCACUCUGGGGUGGGCCACCCCUCAACACACAGGCCCAGCCAAUGAGACGGGUAAGGCCAAGUUGCUGCAGGAAACACUGAAGCAGUCCCCGAGCCUAGCCAAAGGUAGAUCUGCAAGGGUCCUGCGGACCCCCAGAGUCAAGGGACAGUCCAUUGAGGACAUGACUGGCAUCCAGGAGCUUUUCUGGACCCCAGAGCCAGCCCAGGCUCCAAAGUCUGAGACCAGGCCCUGCCUAACACCGAAAGCGGAACCAACGGAUACUCCCAGCAUCAACCGGGUACCCACGACCCCUUCCCAGGAUGGGGAGAAGACCCCUGCACCCAGAAGAAACCCCAUCACUUCCAAGAGAGCCACCCCAGCAUGCAAAGAACCAACUAGUGAUGUGGAAAAGGUCGGAUUUCUGCAGGAGACACCAAAGCAGGAUGUGGAUGCCAAAGACAAUGCCCGAGGGAGCAGGAGGAGAUCAAGGACCCCCAAGAGAAACACCCUGGAUGACCUGACGGGCUUCAAAGAGCUUUUCCAGACCCCAGAGCAAGCCAAGGGACCAAAGGUCGAGAGCCAGGCCACAGCUCCCUGCCUGUCACCCAAAGCAGAGCCCAGAGAUGCCCUGACGGGUAGCAGCAGGAAAUCUAAGACCCUAUCCCGAGGUGUGGUGGAGCCACCUGCAGCCAGGACCCCCCUCACUCUGGAGAAAGCCAUCCCUGAACACACAGGCCCAGCUGGUGACGAAGCAAAGGCCAAGUUACUACAGGAAACUCAGAAGCAGGCCCUGGGGCCCGCAGACAAUGCCCAAGGAAACAGGAGGCAGCCAAGGACCCCUAAAGUCAAAGCACAGCCCCUGGAAGACCUGACAGGUUUCAAAGAACUUUUCCAAACCCCAGAGCAAGCCAAGGGUUGGAGGAUUGAGAGCCAAGCUACAGCUCCCUGCCCCUCUUCCAAAGCAGAUCCCGGGGAUGCCCUAACAGAUACCAAGACCCCAUCCCGGGGCACAGGGGAGCUGCCUACAGCCAGAAGAACCCCCCUCACUCUGGGGAGGGCCACCCCGAAACACACAGGCCCAGCCAGUGACAUGGGCACGGUCAGAUCUCUGCAGGAAACGCUGAAGCAGGCCCAGGGCCUGGUAGAUGAUGCCCAAGGGAGCAGGAGGCAUCCUGGGACCCCUAAAGUCAUGUCAGAAGAUCUGGAAGAUCUUACUGGUCUGAGAGAACUUUUCCAAUCUCCAGAGCCAACUGUAGGACCAAUCUAUGCCAUGGAGACUAGCUUGGAGCCCCAUGAAACCCCCCAGGUUGACUCCAUUCUGGCACCACGUAGAGUACGACAGCCUCGUGAACCUGCAAUCCCAGGAGAGGGCCUGCCCUCUCACCCUUCCACCCAGGGCUCCCGAAGAGCCACCCGCACAGGUGGCCAGCUGGUGGGAAGAGGGAAAGGCAGUGAACCCCUGCAGAAGGGCUCAGAGGAAUGCUCAGAACUCCCUGAAAGCCUGAGCAGGAGCCGGAGGCAGCUGAGAGCAGCCAGGACAGGGCUCAGGGCCUUGAGCAGCUCAGCUGAGCAGGGGGAGGGCCCCACUCCCCAGGAAGAAACACAAAGUGCAGCCCCCAAGAACAGCAGAAUGGUCCGACCAUCCUUACUGCCCAAGCCCGCCCAAGUGGCUACUGGCAGGACCAGGUGGCUACAGACCCCUGCAGAGCCAUCAGCUUGCUCCCGACCCACUCGGGCUGCCACAAGCAGAGCCAUGCGUGGAGACCAGGCUGACCCAGCAGACAGCACCUUGGACAUUCAGGGAUCUGCUGGGCAGAAGCUGGAGCCUGCAGAGAGUAAGACUGGGGCCAGGAGGCAGCUGCGAGCAGCCAGAGUUAAGGCUGGAGACCCAGGAACCUCAGAAAAUCCAGCCGGGUUGCAAGAACUAGCCCCUCUCCGAGACGCACAGAAGUCAGACUCUACCAGUGAGCCCAGAGUCAUCCACAGGUCCUCUCCUGCACCCACUGUCCCGACAACCAGCAGAACUAGGCGGCGCCAAGCCCUUACCGGGCCAGGCCCCCAAGAGAAGCUGUCUAAUCACCGCCAACCCACCCAAGCUGUAGUGACUAGAACCAGGCGUGGAGAGCAGGCCAACCCAGCAGAGAUCACUGGGGGACCUGCUGAGCAGAAGUUGGAGCCUGUGGAGAGUAAGACUGGGACCAGGAGGCAGCUACGAGCAGCCAGGGCUAAGGCCCAAGACUCAGGAGCUUCAGAAAAUCCAGCCAAGCUGCAAGAACCGUCCCCUCUUCGGGAUACAGGGGAUCCAGACUCUGCCGCUGAGCCCAGAAUCAUCCAUGGGUCGUCUCCUGCACCCACUGUCCCGACAACCAGCAGAACCAGGCGGCGCCAAGCCCCAGCUGGGCCAGACUCCCAAGAGCAGCCAUCUGAUCGCCGCCGACCUACCCGGGCUAUAGUGAGCAAAGCCAUGCGUGGAGGCCAGGCCAACCCAGCAGACAGCACUGUGGCCCCUCAGGAACCCACUGGGCAGAAGCUGGAGCCCGCAGAGAGUGAGACUGGAGGCAGGAGGCAUCUGCGAGCAACCAGGGCUAAGGCCCGGGUCCUGGGAGACCCAGUAGGGCUCAAAGAGCCCUUCAACAUCUCCACAGAUAUUGAGGUAUUCAGGCCUGAGGACAGACCCUCAGAAGAGCCCCCUACUGCCACCCAGCCAGAGCCAGAACCAGUCAUACCAAGCAGCAAGAGAAGGCGGCUGCGGGCACCAGUGGGCACAGAGGGCAGAGAUGAAGAGCCACCUGCACCAGGCAGGGCCACCAGGGCAACAAGAGGUGCCAUGAAGGUACCCAGCAACCAAGGCAUUGGGGAAGAUGGCUCUGAUGAGCAGAUGUUGGACAUGGCAGGAGUGACAGGAGGCAAGAGGCAGCGGCGAGCCCAGGCCAGAGGCCCAGGAGUAGAAACGGAGGCCAGUUUGAGGGUUCGCUUCGAGCUCCCCCAACUGGCUCAGAUGUCCCCUGGCAUGAAGCGGCCUACUAGGACAUUCAGAAGGGGCAUCCAGGGCCCUCCAAAAGGCAGUGCCCAGUCGGGGCUAUCUGUAAGCCCAAGGCCCCCUGUCCGGUCCCCACUCCGGGAAGGUGGCGUCACCAGGGGCAAGAGACAGCGCCCAAACACGCCUGCCCGGGCUGUGGAAGACAAUAAGCCAGCGGAGAAGAGGAGGCGGACAGCCCUUGAGCCUGUGACCACUGUGAAGAGCCAGAGGGUUCGAGCCCAGAAGGGGAAUCCUGCAGACCAGUCGCCCAGUGUCCAGGAGCAGGCCAAGAGCACCCCAGUUGGAGGCAAAGAUGAGCAGGGGACCCUGCACCCCAGACGCCCCAUUGAAGUGGCUGCCAUGCCAGAACCUGAGUCUCUGGAACCAGCAGAAAAGACAAGAGCCAAGAGGGACCGGAGGCCACUGGUGGACGCCAGUCAGGGCCCUGAGCCCCGAGGAGCAGCACCCAAGGACACCCGCAUUCCAGAGAGCAGGGCAGCUCUAAGGUCUGCCAGGAGCAAAAGCACGCUUCCACCCAGAGCCGCCAAGGAGAGUCAAGAUGAAGGAGACCCCAGGAAGACUGCACUCAGGCCCAGGAAAAAGCUGCUGGCCCCUGUCCCACCAGACAACGUGGACCAGGACCCCAGACCCAGAGCCACUCGGAGCACUAAAAGAGGUGACGACAAUGAGAAGGAAAACAGCAGCGUGCAAGACAAGAAACUCUGCCUUCGAAGCAUGCGGAAGCAAGCAGCGGUUUAA